UGCGUUACAUAACCGGUUACCUAAAACUAAAUAUUCCACUCCAAGAAGCUGUCCAGAUGUUGCAGAAAAGAGAUGAUGAAAAGGCUACGAAAGGGAUCUGCUUGCCUUUAGCUGUGGGAACAGUCAUAGGUGGAAGACGUCUUUGUGCAGAUAUUUGUCAGAGCAUUGGCACCUCUCUCUGGUGUUCUGCCAGCAGUGGGCUCUCUAUUAAUGACCUGGGGCACAUAAGCUGCCAGCAUAUGUAUGACCUUUAAUUUUCACCCCGUGAAAUGAAUCCCCUUUGUGCAACAUAGUAACUUUGGGGGCUGUUUUAGUGACUGAUGACUGAACCUUGACAAAUUAUUGGCUUAGGGUGAGAGUUGAAAUUCUUGCGGCAAAUCCCUUGGGAAUCUUCUGACUCCAGGAGGACCGCGGGGAUGGCUUUUGCCUGGAAAGUCCUCAACUGCUACGCUGAGUCCCCACAUUUGGUGUCUCCUAAUGGUCAGAGCUCUGUUGGCUGCCAACCAGGAGAGUUUGAAAUGAAGAAGCUGGAAUGUUAGCCGUAGAGUGUGUGUGAAUGGAGGCAUGGGGGAGGGAAGAAGGCUUCUCUCAAAGUGUCUUACCGCCUUCUAUCAAUGUUUGCAACAACGCUGUGUCUCCCCAGUCCUCCGACCCCAUCCCCCUGGUCUCUCUAGGCCGCACUCCCCUUAGUGUGCCUGGGGAGGAGGCACACCUGUGGAGGGCUGGGGGGAGCAGGACAGUGGCAGCGCGCGGCAUGGUGCUGCAGCCAAGCCGAAAGCCUGACUGUUUUCCUCUGCUUUGCAGCGGGAGGAGGUGGCGGAGCAGCUAGCGGGCAGCGGGCGCCCCCCCUGCGCAAGCCUCCGCCCCCGGGGCUAGCCCCGCACCCCACCGGCGCGCCAUGAUCGCCACCGGCGGCCUGCUGAGGAUUUCCGCCCGGAAGCAGGAUCCCCUCCGCCCUCCCAGCCAGGUUCCCAAGCGCAAGCGGAAAGUCCAGAAGAGGCGCAAGAACGACGUGGUGGUGGUGAAGGGCAAGCUGAAGCUGUGCUCCAUCUCGGGGCUCAUCGCCCUCUGCGGGAUCCUGGUGCUGCUGGUGGGCAUCGCCAUGGCCGUGGUGGGUUACUGGCCCAAGCGCGCCGCCGCCCCUUCUCCGCCCUCCUCCACGUCUGUGGGCUUCUUCUUCCGCGUCUUCUCGGGCUACCUGAACUCGGACAAGCUCAAGGUCUUCGGGCCCCUCAUCAUGGGCAUCGGCAUCUUCCUCUUCAUCUGCGCCAACGCGGUGCUGCACGAGAACCGCGACAAGAAGACCAAGAUCAUCAACCUGCGGGACCUCUACUCCACCGUCAUCGACGUGCACAGCCUGCGCGCCAAAGACCUGGCCGCCGCCGCCUCGGCGCCCCCCGGGGCCAUUCACCUGGUGUCCAUCACUGGUUGCAUAGUCACUAUCUCAGCUCUUCCAUUCAUGUUAAGGAUGUUUCAACCCCCGCCCUCCCCGCGCGGCGUGGACCUGAACUUGAACCUUCAGGCCAAAGCUGCUGCCCCUUCGCCCCCCUUGGAACCGGAGGACCCGCCCCCCGCCAGGCUGGGCUCGCCCAGCUCCCAGUCCGAGGACCUAUCCUGCAGCCAUGAAGGCUACAGCCCCCUGCGGGAGGCCGGCACCUCCUUGGAGUCGGUUGUGGACGCAGGAACCGGUAAAAGUCCGGACUGUGAGGCCACCGCCGCCCAGGGCGCGGAGGAGCAGAGCCCUCCAGAGACCGUCCGGGAUGAUGCCAGCCAAGGGCCACCCAGGGACCAGCCACCCCAGCCAGUGCAGAGGCCGUUUACAAACCAGGAGAAACUCUUCAUGAUUUCCCGGUCUCACGCCCCGGGGGUAGAGGUCGGAGAACUGGAAAAGCUGGUGCUGAAUGCAGAGCCUUUUCUACCCACUGAUAACUACAGGGUCCCAGAAGUGCCACAGUCCCGCUUCUCUGAUUUCAUUCAUGCACGUUAUGAAGACCAACUUCAACAGCAAUAA